AUGUCUCUGUGGCUGGGUUUGUUAAGCCUCCUGAUCCUGCAUACUAGGACUCAUGGCUUCGGGAUAUUACCUGGAGACUCCCUGAAUCACCUCGAAAUCACCGAGAGAGCCAUUUUAAAUGUCACAGUGCAGGUGUGCCACGAUCUGGCUGCAGCUGAGGGGGCAGACUUCACUUUUCCACCUUUCUCUGCAGAGGGUGUUGCCGUAGUCUGCGGAGCACCAAAAUCCUCCAAGAGUUUCCGCCAGGCCAUCACAUUUAUCACCCUGAGGAAUAUACGAGUUGACCUCCGUCAUGCUCUGAAUGCCAGCUUCCACUUUGAUGAAGAAAUGUUUGGUCAAGGAAGGAACAUCAUCAGUGAGGGGGUAGAGGCCAUCAAAGCAAGCAACGUGCAGGAAAAUUAUGAGGCAGCGAGGCAAAAACUGGGAGAGAUUUGUCAUCCUUUACAAGACUUUUACAGUCACAGCAACUGGGUGGAGCUAGGGAACAAAUUCCCAAACCCUAAUCUGCUCCUAUCAGAUGUCAGCAUUGGAAACAUAGCAGAUGAAAGCAGGGCGACGUGUCGCAGCUGUGAUGGAGAUGACUGCAGGAACAACAUCUUAGAGGAUAUCAUAGAGGAGAAUAUCUUGACCUCUGGAUACUUUGGUGUGGUACCUUUGACCUCAACCAAACCUAAAGGAAAAUGCAGCCAUGGAGGAGCAGUGGAUCAAACCAGCAACAUUGAUCCUAUAGGUGGAAUCAACAAAGACACGUUUGGAUCCAGCCAUGGACACCUCCACACUGAGGCAGCCAACAUGGCCAUCGCCGCAACCAGUGCACUGCUGGAGGACAUUCGAAAGGCUGCUGGAGACAGAGCCUUCCUACAGAUGUUGGGACUCUCUAAAGGAUCCAGUAAAGCUCUUUGUUUUGUGAUUGACACCACGAAGAGCAUGAGUGAUGACAUAGAAGCAGUGAUAAACGUCAUCUCAUUGUUGAUCAACAGUGAAGAGAUAACAGAGAAUGAACCUGCAGCUUACAUUCUGGUACCUUUCAGUGACUCAGAAUUUGGGCCUCUGAUAAAGACUACUGACCCUAAAGUCAUCACCACUGUCAUUGACUCACUAUCCAUUACUGGUGGAGGAGAUGAAGAGGAACUAAGUCUGUCAGGACUUCAGUUGGCUUUGAGUGGAGCUCCUUCAAACUCAGAGAUCUUCCUCUUCACUGAUGCUCCUGCUAAAGACAAACACCUGAAAAACACAGUGAUAGCGCUCAUAGAGCGAACACAAACUGUGAUAAAUGUCAUGAUUUCUGGCUCAACAUUGACCAAUCGUAGGAGACGGCGUGACGACAGCCAGCCAAAGCAAAGCAGGAUAUCAGCAGAAGACACGCAGCUGUACAGGGAGCUGUCUCAGGCUUCAGGAGGUCAGACUGUUGAGGUCACAAAGAGUGAGCUCGCUGUGGCCAUCAGCAUCUUCUCAGCCACUUUAAACUCCUCCGUGGUGACUCUUCUGCAGUCAGCAAGAAACCCGGGCAAUGACGAUGAUUUCCCUUUUAUAGUUGAUGAGACAAUAACAAACCUGACAGUUUACAUCACUGGCCGCUCUGUCACUUUCACUCUCAUUAGCCCCACAGGUGAAUCUCAGCAAAGCACGGACACAACAGGAUCAUUGAUCACAUCUUCCCGAUCAGCAGGAAACCUGCAGACUCUGCAGCUGCAAAACCGAACUGGAUUAUGGGAAAUUAAAAUAGUGUCAAUUUAUCCCUACACUCUAAAGGUUAUAGGUCAGAGUCCCAUUGACUUCCUGUUUGACUUUGUGGAGGAAUCGCAGGGGACCUUUGAAGGAUUUGAUGCACUUGACACCCGCCCAAGAGCUGGUGUCAGUGGUAGCUUGUUGGUGUCUUUAACUGGGAGCACCACUGCCACGGUGACAGAAGUAGCUCUGGUCGAAUCAUGGGGAUCAGAGGAGAUUAAAGGAGUUGUGGAUCCACAGGGGAGUGGAAACUUUCUAGUUAAUUUCGACAGGAUACCAUCCGUUGAGUUUGUGGUGAGGUUGAUGGGGCGCGAUGACGGUUUUAACAACGGAGCUUCAAUAUUCUUCCAAAGGCAGACACCCACUAACUUCAGAUCUUCCAAUUUGACUAUUACUGCUGAUUCUACCAGCAUCUUAGUACCAACAGAAGUGUUCUCUUUGCCCUUCUCUGUGACCUCCCAUUCAAGAGGGGGAAAUUUCACAGUCAGAGCAACCAACAACCAACGUUUUUCUUCAACUUUUCCAACCAGUUUAUCUCUGAAAACUGGAGACACUGUGAAUGGUACAGUGACCCUCUCUUUACCUCGUAAAACCCCAUCUGGCACUGAUGUGACUCUGACCAUUGAGGUUGAGGCUCCCAGAGGCGAAGACAUGAACUAUGUGAUGCUGCGUUUCACUGUCAUUAACCCGAUCACAGAUUUCACUCAGCCACAGUGUGAGUUACUCACCCUACAGUCCAACUGCUCUGAUAAUUGCAGCUUAUCGACAUGGACGCUCUUUGUUCGGGUGCACGAUGGAGCACAGGGAACAGGUGUCGACCAUGUUCGCCUCAGGACUGGAAAUGGGACCAUCAUCACCAACCCUGCUGCUGACAAUGAGAAUGUAACGAUGGUGUUCUACAGUUCGUCUUGCUGUUCACCUGAUAUGGAGCUGCUGGUGGCAGAUAAGAUCGGUAAUGUGGGGACAUGUUACUACAGUUCCAGGGAAAGCUCACCAGCUGCGUUCUCCAUGUCCACCAGAGUCACACAGUCCACACUUCUUUGCUUGAGCAUAGUGGUAGGUGCUCUUAUACUGACAGAACGUGGCUUCUAUUGACAACAUGUCAAAGAUGCAAAAAGCUAAGCUGUAUCAAUAUGUUUUGUAGUUAACAAUGUUACAUACAAUCAGUUGAGUAUGUAGUUAUUUGAAAAAUGUUACCUGUAGAUACACGACCACAACUCAGAGUAUUAGUAGCUUUUUUUUUUCAUUUAAAAAAAAUGCAAUUACUCCAUGCUCAGUGGUUCACUGCCUUUAUUAACCAAUUUGUAGGUUUCCACUAUUUAAGGGAAGAUUUAUUAACCACUCACCUAUGCCACAGUUGCCCAACAAGACAUGACAUUAGCUCAAAGGCCAGGUUGUAAUUCUGUGCUUCUGUUAAGACCAAGAUUGAUUAAUAGAUUCAAUAUCUGCAGAUGGAUAGGCUCUUCUCCUUAUGACAUUGAUGUGAUAAACUUCCGCUUAACUUCACAACUACUGAGCUUUCCGAAUGCAAAGUUGACCUGUUGUCAAGUUAGAUAAUAUGAUUCAGCUAAGGAUGUAAUGUUAACCUUGAAAUACAAUUUAAAAUCCUUACAAAUUAGGGACAAUUCAAAUAGAGAAGACAAAAAAAACUAUAUCACAACACUUUAUUUUAACCAGCAGAGGGUGCUGUUUGCUUUUGUUUUAAGUGAAUUUGAAACUCUGCCUGCCUGAAGGAGUGUGAGAGCCAAAGAGAUUACACGUGAAUUAGUUUGGGGCUGAGGAGAAUUUAAAUGUGAACUUACAUGAGACGAUACAAAGACAAUUGUUGAGAGAAUGUCUUUUAAAAGCUUUCCUUGCUUUAUUGCCAGAA